GCGCGCAGGGGCGGGGGCGAGGGGCGCGUGCUCACCAGCCUUUGUGUAUCACUUCCAAUAUCUCACGCGUCAAUAAUUGAGCGCGCGAGCAGACGGAGCCCCGCGCUAUGUGCUCAGCCGCGCGCCGACUAGACGAGGGCCUCGCUGCGUUCACCACCGUCUCGAGACGAGUGCACGGGAAAAAUACCAAGGAGAAGAGGAUCUAGAAAGAGAAAAAUUGUCCCAAAUCCCAGGCAGUUAAAAAAAUAAAAAUAAUAAAUAAAACCCCCCAAAAAUUGAUUUGGACAUCCACACCUGGAGAGCGCUGCAUUUUCAGAGCGGGGGAAAAGGCUGGAGCUGGCUGUGACUUUGUGAGCGAGCUGAAGAGAAGUGGUGAGGAGACUGCAGGCUGAAGUUACAGUAAUGCUGGCGUUUGUGCUGUGCGCGCUGGCGUUAGGUUGCCUCGCGAGCGCGCAGAACGAGACGGAGCCCAUCGUGCUGGAGGGAAAAUGUCUGGUCGUGUGCGACUCGAACCCAACUUCUGACCCCACCGGCACAGCGCUCGGGAUUUCCGUGCGCUCCGGAAGCGCCAAAGUCGCAUUCUCCGCUGUCAGGAACACCAACCACGAGCCGUCAGAGAUGAGCAAUCGGACAAUGGUCAUCUACUUUGAUCAGGUUCUCGUCAACGUCGGGAGAAGUUUCGACGAAGAGAGAAGUAAUUUCUUCGCCCCACGAAAAGGGAUUUACAGUUUUAAUUUCCACGUCGUGAAGGUUUAUAACCGUCAAACUAUCCAGGUGAGCCUCAUGCACAAUGGGUGGCCUGUGAUCUCAGCCUUUGCUGGAGACCAGGACGUGACACGCGAGGCUGCCAGUAAUGGUGUUCUGAUCCAAAUGGAGAAAGGCGAUCGCGCCUACCUCAAGCUGGAGCGGGGCAACCUGAUGGGCGGCUGGAAGUACUCCACCUUCUCUGGCUUCCUGGUCUUCCCUCUGUAGAAGAGGGGCUCGCUACAUAGGGACUAUUGCUCUUCAGCUCACCAGCUUGUGGGACUGUGGCGAUAGAGUGAGAGUGAGAGAUGAUGAGGGGGAGAAGGUGUGUGUGUGACAAAGAUAUAUAUAGGUAUAAAGAAGGAAUUUUAAAAGAGAAUUAGUGUGGCUAGUUCUUUGACAUGCUCGCUCCGCUGCUUGCCUACAGCUCUGGACAGCCAAAACUUUUUUAUUUUAUUAUUAUGAUUACAAUAAUUAACAAUUAACAAUAAAACUAUAGAGGCUAUUGCCUUUCUCCUCACUUAACUUUUCAUCUGCUAUAAGGAAUGUCUAUCAUCAGACAUUUAAGGAAUGUCUGUCAUAAAACUCAAUGCACAAAAUCAUCCAGCCCCAUUAACUCACAUUGGCAAUUUCUUAAACUUAAUCCUCACCUGCAUAAAUUUCUCGUGUCUUUCUCUCCAUACAAUAUCUCAAAUGGCAAUCUCAGUUGUUCAAACAUAAAUCUCUAAUGCUGUUCCCUUCAGUCUUAAUGGGCACUUUUGUUCUUUUCGGCUCUGCUAUUCUCCUCAAAACAGGAGGGCACAUUCGGUUAUGCCUGGAGAGUAUCCGAACUCCUCAAAGAGACUCUUACUGUAUACUGGAUAUAUACAGAUAUACAAAAUCCUUCAAAUUUCUAUAUGAUAUACUCUAUGACUAUCUGAAUCUGAUUAAUCUGUAUUUCCGUAUUUCAGUGUUAAUAAUAGUGGUUUUGUGUGUGUGAGUGUGUGUAUGUGUGUGUGUGUGUGUGUGUGCGUGUGUGCGCGUGUGUGUGUGUGUCAUAAUGCUGCAGCCAAGCUACCAAUGCUUCUUGUUUUUGUUUCAGAAAUGUGGCUACACUUAAGCUAUAUCAGAAGUACUAUAAAGUAAUUUUAUUAUUAUUGACUGUAAGAUAUGUGUGAAUAUUAAGAAACCCUUCCUUUUACUCAUCAAACAGUUGAUUUAAUUAUUGUUUUUUAUUUGCUUUGAUCCAAUAAAACUUAAAUGGUCAUUUUUAUUUUUCCUAAUCUGAUUCUCAGUCUCAAAAUGUGAUUCAGUUGUUACUCUAAACACUUAAUGAGCUUGUUACUCACACUAAGAUGUGUGUGUGUAUACAGUCAAAUGAGACAGUGACACUCUGUUGUUCUCUGUUAGGGGUGGCUUUCUCUAUUCCCAGUGAUACAAAGCUUCUCUGGUUGUUGUCUUUCUCUCUCUCUCCUGCUCACUCACUCUCUCAUUCUGUCUCUGUCUUUUUCUGUCGAGCAGGUGAUAGAGAGUUUUACUCCUCUCACUCCUCUCUCUCUCUCUGUCUCUCUCUCUCUCUCUCUGCUGCGCUCAAGACAUUAAUGAGCUCCUAGGGGGAAAUUUGUGUUUGCAUAAUAACUGUUUACCCAAAAAAUCAACUUGUGUUAAUCUAUUUGUGUGUCUUCUUUUUUUCUACUCUUUCUUGUCGUCUCCCAUUACCCCUAUUUUUCCUUGUCAGUUUCAGCAUUUCAAGCCUUGAGGCAUUUUUUUUUAAAUAAAUGCUGGUGAGAAUGCUCAAAUUCA